GAAUUUGACAUUUGUUCCGUUCCUCGCCCUGUGGCAUGUGGAUGCCUAUCUGCAUUCAACUGCCUAGUGUAAAGAAUAAAAAAUGACUGCACAUCCUUUAGCCCACAUUUUUGCUUGUUUGCUUUGAAGAAUUUGCAAGGUGGAGAAAUAGAUGUGCUUCAGGCUCUGAUUUCAGCCCAUGCUGUGCUAUGCAAAUGUUCUCUACAUGCCUGAGUGACCUUUUGAGAAAGAGCCUUUGUGAUCUUCUGUAGCCAGGGCUUGUUCUGGAAAUUGUGUGCCAGAUUCUUCUAAAAGUGGGAAAAGUGGAUCUGUUCAACAGCUAUGUAGAAAAGCCAAUGCUUUUCCUGGAUGAAUACCGAUAAGUCCAUGUUUUUUACCAUCUCUUGCCAGUGCUUUUGAAAUUUGCUCUGCAGUUUGCUUUGCAAUGAAGUGUGUGAGAGGGAACUGACUAAGGCAUUUCAGUAGCUGGGAAACUGUUUCUUUAAGUACUUUUGAAUUGUGGAUAAAAAUAAACUCAAACUGGCAUCAGUAGUAUCUAGGCGUUUAUCAGUGUCUUAAGGCUCCUCUCCGUGAGUGCUGGCUGAUUGACCCUCAGCCAGACUGUUUUUCUGGCACCUGGGCUCCUGAAGACGCAGCGCUGGAGCAGAUGGAUAAUGGAGACUGGGGCUAUAUGAUGACUGACCCAGUCACGUUAAAUGUAGGUGGACACUUGUAUACAACGUCUCUCACCACAUUGACACGUUACCCGGAUUCCAUGCUUGGAGCUAUGUUUGGGGGGGACUUCCCAACAGCUCGAGACCCUCAAGGCAAUUACUUCAUUGAUCGAGAUGGACCUCUUUUCCGAUAUGUCCUCAACUUCUUAAGAACUUCAGAGUUAACCUUACCCCUGGACUUUAAGGAAUUUGACCUGCUUCGGAAAGAGGCAGAUUUUUACCAGAUUGAGCCCCUGAUUCAGUGUCUCAAUGACCCUAAGCCUUUGUAUCCUAUGGAUACUUUUGAAGAAGUUGUGGAGCUCUCUAGUACUCGGAAGCUUUCUAAGUACUCCAACCCAGUGGCUGUCAUCAUAACCCAACUAACCAUCACCACCAAGGUCCAUUCCUUACUAGAAGGCAUCUCAAAUUAUUUUACCAAGUGGAAUAAGCACAUGAUGGACACCAGAGACUGCCAGGUUUCCUUUACUUUUGGACCCUGUGAUUAUCACCAGGAAGUUUCUCUCCGGGUCCACCUGAUGGAAUACAUUACAAAGCAAGGUUUCACAAUCCGCAACACCCGAGUGCAUCACAUGAGUGAGCGGGCCAAUGAGAACACAGUGGAGCACAACUGGACUUUCUGUAGACUGGCCCGGAAGACAGAUGACUGAUCUCCAACCCUGAGAGAAGUUCUUGGAAACUGACUCUCCAGGAAAUGGAAGAGACUUUUUUUUUCUUUAAAUCACAGUGUGGGAUUCUUUUUUAAUCAUUAUUUGUAUUUAUUUGAAGACAUUGAGGACCAGAAGAAAGUUUUGUGCUUAGCAGACUCCAUGUUUUGUUCCCUUCACCCUGAGUAUGCAUGUGCCUGUACAGAGUUUCCAGAUACCUUUUUUAUAAAAAGAAUCAUUAUGGUAUAUAAUCUGCCCUUAACGGAGCUUUUUUUAUUACAGUGCUAAAAUGAUUUCUGAUAAAAAGGUCCCUAACUCAGCUAGAAGGCUAAAGAUACAAGCAUGAAAGAAUAAGCAGAGUACUCAUGAUGCCUUUGAGAACAAUCAAAACAUCAUGUAGGGUGACCUGGUUUUCAAACCAAUAAGAAGUAUUGUAAUAUUAAAGGAAAACUGUUCCUAUCAUUUAAAAGUACUUGUUAAGUACUGCUUUUUACAGUUAUUAUAACUGUUUCUUUCUAUGCAUAUAAAUCAAGCAACCAAAUAUCUGUAGCCAUGGAAAUGUCUGACUAGAAAUAUUUAUAUUGGAUUCUGAAUACAAAAUGUCCCUGUGGUAGAAAUCUUACUUCUUAUGCCUGGUGCAGUAUAAUUCCCAAGUGUACUGUCUACCAGGAAAAAAAAAAAAAAAACUAAUAAAAAAAUGAAAUAUGAAUAUUAGGUUUGUAUUUAUUAUUACUUAAGGGGGAAAAUCUUACUUCUUGUCUAAAGUAUACGUUGUUUUAUGUCCCAAUAUAUAUAUAUAUAUACUGCCUAUAGUGCAUUUGUAUUUGAUUUGAGAGGACCUUAGGUUGCAGUUAAUAAGAAUGCUAUGGUGUCAUUGAAGCAGGGGGGGCUAGAAUUUUGUCUAAAAGAAUGCAUAUUUGAGUGGUUAAUAUACAGUUUGACAAAUCUUUUCAAAUAGGACUUAAUGUUGAAGAUUAUAGAUUUUUCUUCAAUUGUCAUAGCUCUGAAUGUGACCAUUAUUUCAGCUUUGUGAUAAGCACAGGGACAAAUUUACUCUUUAGCUACUUUUUUCUAGUGUAUUGUGGUGACCCACAAAUAUGUUUAUGAGAAGAAAUAAAGUACAGUGAAUGAAGAAUCUGGAA